CAAUGAUCGGUGCGCCAACGGGAUGCUACAAGUGUGGGCGAACCGGCCACUGGUCUCGCGAUUGCACGUUCGAUCCAAAGCCUGGCCUGCCGCCGCCACCGCCCCCGCCGAUUUCUAGCGUGCCGCCCCCCAAAUCUGGGCGGCGGAGGAAGCGAAAGCUCACACCCGAGCUUCUUUUCUCCAACGAAGGUCUUGGCUAUGUCUUGGAGCACAUUCCGCACAGGUUUCCCAUCAAGGGGCGAGGGCACGAGGGCCGGGAUUUGCAUAAUCUUCUGCGAGCCUAUCGGCACUGGCACAGCAAUUUCUUUCCCAGUCUCUCUUUCAAACGCUUCGCGCGUGAAGUGGCCAAGGUUGGAAGACUCAGGCGUGUCAAGAAACGUCUCAAAGAAUGCCGGACGAAAUUUUUCAAGGGAGUUGAUGAUCCCAAGGAUUGUCUCAAAGAGGAUCUCCCUGAGCCGGACAUUCCAAGCCAAGAAGCUCCAGUCCAGGAUAACCAGAACUACACCCCCAUCCCAAUCUCCAAUCCUGUGAGCAAGGAUGAUCCAGACUACGGUCAGAAGAUGGCCCGAAUGGAAGCCAAUCGAUUGAAAGCUUUGGAGCGCGCUCGAGCUAGAAUUGCUGCUGCUGCUGCUGCCGCUGCCGCUGCCACCAAAACAACACAAACGAACGAGCAGGCUGACAAUGGAAUUGCGAGUUGAAGCAAGAGUAGUGUAUAGGAAGUACGAAAAGAGGAAUGUUCCUAGCAGCUUUUGCAGAACAGAAGCUUACAGUUUCAUGCGAAGUAGUCGACGAUGAUGCGAUCGAA